AUGAAGAGUAUAAAGGUUGAAGCUAGAAUUCAAAAAGACGGUGAUGAAUUCUAUAAUAUGCUUAAAUUUUUAAGAAGAUAUGAAGAUAAAAUUAUUAAUGGUAGUAUAAAAUUAAAAAAAAAAAAUGUAAAUGAAGAAAUAAACAGAUUUAAAUAUAUUAAUGAUAAAUAUAUUUUUAGCAAUGUAAAGAAAAAAAUAAAAUUGAAAAUAAAUGGUUGUAUAAAAAUAAAAAAAGGAACACCUGAACGAUACUAUAAACAAUUAGUAAAGAAGAUCUUACAUGGAAACAUUUCUAUUAACAAUAAAAAUAUAAAUAAUAUUUUAAAUUAUAUAGAAUAUAUUAAAUAUAUAAAAUUGUGUGGUAAUAUACGUAUGAUAAAAAAAAACAGAACAGAUGAAAAUGAAAAUGAAAAUGAAAAGGUCUCUCCUCUUUUAUUAAAAGGACAUAUAAACAAAUUAAGAUAUCUAAAAAAAGAAAAUGACGUUAAAAAAGAAAGAAAUAAAAUGAGUCUAAGAAAAUCAAGUUAUAAUAUAGAAAAAAAAGAAAUAUUAGAUCUAACCAUGAAAAGAUAUUCUCACUUUGGAUCAGAAAGAUAUAAUAAUUACAAUUUAAAAAAUAAUAGUUUUUAUGACAAUAUUAAUGUGGAUCAUAAUAAAAUAAGAAAGACAAAAGUAAAUAAAGAGAAAGAAAAAAAUAUAAAUAUAAAUAUACAUAGAACAAAUGGUAGUAUAAACAAUAAGUUGAAUAAUAAAGAAUUUUCGUUUGCAUUAUAUCCUUCAUCUGGUGAUAAAAUUAGAGAUGUAGAUGAAGUUCAAAAAAAAAUGAAUACAUUUAAAUUAAAUAUACCCUCUUCUAUUAUUAGUAAAUUUAAUAAAACUAAUAAAACAAAUAUGUUAGAGGAGAGGAAAAGUAUUAACUAUAACUUGAUAAAGAUGAGACAAGAAUUUAUGUAUGAACCAAGAAAUAAUGAUAAAGAGAAGCAUAACAAGAUACAUUUAAAGGGUACUAUUAAUUAUAUAAAAAGUGAUAAUAAUAAUAAUAAAAAGAAGAAUAAUAGUAAUAGUAAUAGUAAUUAUUAUAAUAAUUUCCAUUCGAUCAAAUUUAUGUUUAGAGGGAAGAAGAAAAAAAAAAUUAUUAAAGAUAAAAUUACUGAUGCUAAUUAUAUUUUGUGUAAUGAGGAAAAGAAAAAAUUAUUAGAUCUAGACCGAUAUAAUAAUGAAAAGAAUAAAUCACAUGAAACAUAUGUUUUAAGUGGAAAUAAAAUAUAUGACAAGAUUGAUAAUAAAAAUAUAUUUCUAGAUCAUUCUGUUUUUUUGAACUACAAUAAGAAAGGUCAAAAACGUUUAAGUAGCUCAUCCUCUAGUAAGAAUAAAAAUAUAAAUAAAUCUACAUACGAUGAAACUAUGUUAAGUAUGAGUGAUGUAGAUGAUAUAGAUUAUUUUAUGCAUAUAAAAGAAAAAAAUGCAAUAAAAUAUAAGGAUUAUAUGAACAAGCCAAAGAAUAAAGGUCAAGGAAAUAUUUCAAUAGAAGAAAAAAAGUCCGUUUUAAAAAUUAAAAUGACAGAAGGUCAAGAGAAUAUAAAAGAAAAAAAAAAUUAUAUAAAUGAUACAAAAUGUAAAAUAAAUAAAAAGGAAUCUAAUAAAUAUAAUAAUAAUAAUAAUAUGUCAAAUAUAAAAAAUAAAAAAUUUUCAUCAGUUUCUAGAAAACUCUCAAAACCUUUUAGUUCAUCAAGAAGUGGAGCUAUUUUUAACCUCUCCAAUAAUAAAAAAGAAAAUAAAAAUAAUAAAAAAAAAAGAAGAAUCAAAUUAAAUAAUGGAAACAGAUAUAUGAAAAAAUAUGUAAAUAAAAUUAUGAACAUGUCAAUAUUAAGGAGAAAUUUUAAUAACGUUAAUUCUAGUGUGUUCAUUACACAUAAAAAAUGUUUUGAUAAACCCAAGAAAGAUACAAGGGUGAAUGACAAAAAAUGUAGCAACGGGGUUGUAGAAACUGUGGAUAAAAAGGAAAGUAUUAAUAAAUUAAAUGUGGAAAAUAAUGAAACACAAAUGAUGAAGAAAUGUAAUAAAAAUGAAGAUAUUGGUGAUAAUAAGGAUGAAGAUAUAGAUGAUAAUAAGAAUGAUGAUAUAGAAGAUAAUAAGAAUGAAGAUAUGAAUGAUAAUAAGAAUAAAGAUAUGAAUGAUAAUAAGAAUGAAGAUAUGGAUGAUAAUAAGAAUAAAGAUAUGGAUGAUAAUAAGAAUGAAGAUAUGAAUGAUAAUAAGAAUGAAGAUAUAGAUGAUAAUAAGAAUGACAAUAUAAUAAACCUGUCAACAGAUAAAAAUAUAAAAAUAGGUUUUUAUUUUGAAGAAGCAUGCGAUAUCAAACAGAGUAAUGAUAAAAAUAUCUCUACGACAAAUGAAACAAAAAAAAUGGGAUCACCCCUUAAGAACAAUCUAUUAACAAAAAAAAUGGGAUCACCCCCUAAGAACAAUUUAUUAACAAAAAAAAUGGGAUCACCCCUCAUGAAUAAUAUGUUAACAAAAAAAAUGGGAUCACCACUCAUGAAUAAUAUAUUAACAAAAAAACAAGGUAUGCUAAAACAAUUUGCUAUAACAAAAGAAAAUAUGGAUAUAACUAAAAAAGAGGGAGUAGUAUUAACGAUGAAGAAAUCAGUUAGUAUAAAGAAAGAUGCAGAUAUAAAUAUAUCUAAAGAUGAAAAUGUUAUAGAAAAAAAUAAAGUAAAUUUUACUAUAAAAUCCGUACAAAAUAUCUUAUCUAAACAAUUAUUUAAGUCUAAAGCAAAUCCACUUAUAAUUAAUAAAAGUAAUGAUUCUCAAAUUGUCGCUACUAAUAAAAUUACUGUUGGUGUGAAUGUACCUGUUAAGAGUUCAUUAUUUAAGAAGGACGAAAAUGAAGAAAAAAAUAAUUCUAAUAAUAUAGAGGAAGAAGAAAAGAAGAAUGUAAAUAUGGAAAAACUCAUAUUAAAUGAGCAGGAGGAGAAUUAUUUGAAUGAUAAAAAUAUAAAUAAGGCUGGAUUAUCUAAGGAAGAUGAUGUUGAUAUAAAAGAACCCGUUUUGACAAACACAAAAGAGGAUAUCAUAAAAGGAGAAGAUCAAAGUAUUUCUACAAAUAUUGUAAAAGAACAACACAUGAAAGAAGAAAAAAUUAAUGACAACACAAUGAAUGAUAACACAAAAAAUGAUAACACAAAAAAUGAUGACACAAUGAAUGACAAGGAUAAAUCUGAUAUUAUAAAUAAAAAGAACUCAUUAGAAUCUGUAAAAGAAGAAAUAACGGAAAAAGAAAUGUUAGAUGAGAAAGAUAAGAUGGUACCACAAUUAUUAGAAUGUAAUAGUUUACAAAAUAAAGAUGAAAAUAUAAAAGAUAUGAAGAUUGAAAAUUGUGAUGAUCAUAUGAAAGAUAAUAUAACAAAUAAAAAUAAUAAUAUGUUCAUUAAAAAGAUAAAUAUCAAAAUGGUUCCUAUGCUUAAUAAAAAAGCUAUUCCUAAAAGUAAAACUUUACCAGUGUUAUUAAAAAAUAAGAUAAAUAUUUUGAAAGAAAAAUUUACAACUAAUAAGAAGUUAUCUAACGAUUCAAUUGACAAAACGGAAUCAUGUAAUAUAAAAAUGGAUGAACAUAAAGAAGAAGAGAAACAAAAUAUUGAAAGUGAAAGAAAAAUUAUAAAGCCAAGUAAAAGUAUACAUAAAAUGAUAAACCCAGGAAGACAUAGUUUCUUUAAUGCUAAUAAAUUAUUAAAUUCUAUUGAGGUAAAAAUAGGAGAGCAUAAUUCAAAAAUGAAUGAAAAAGAGGAACCAAUUAAAAUGUUGUCAAAUAGUGUGUCUAUAAUAUCUGAUGGGAAAAUGGAUUCUUUGGACAAAUGUGGUGAGGAAGAAAAAAUAAAUGAUGUGAAGACAGAUAUAGAUGUAAAUACACAUAUAGAUGCAGAUGUAAGUGUAGAUGUAAAUAUAAAUGUGGAGGAAAAUAUAAAUCAAAGUGAAAAAGCAAAAAUGGUUCUCAAAAAAGGAAUACCCAAAUUAAUGAUGAAAUUUAAGGCAUUCCCUACAAAAAAAAUGGGCAUCCAAAAUUUGGAAAAUAAUAAAAAGGUAAAUAGUUUGAGAAGCAUAAAGGAUGAUAAAACGUUAGAGGAAAAAAAUGACACAUCAGAAAAAGGAGAUGACAACAUAGAAAAAAGAGAUGACACCAUAGAAAAAAAAAAUGAUACAUCCGAAAAAUUAGAUGACACAAUAGAAAAAAAAGAUGACACAUCAGAAAAAGGAGAAGACACAACAGAAAAAACAAAUGAAAUAUUAAAUAAACAAUGUGAAGAAGAAGUAAAAAACGAAAUAGAUAAUACCUUACAAGAUAAGGAUGACACACAACAUAUUCUAAAAACUACAAAGAUUAUUCUUAUGAAAAAAAUACCACCAAAAUAUAACAAAAUGAAUACAGUAAAAAUGGGAGAUAUUAAGUUUCCAAACAAUAUGAAUAAAUUUAUAAAUAAAUUUCAUAUGGUAAAAAAUUUAUCAACAUUGAAAGAAUUCCCUGUUAAGAAAUUAAUAAAAAGAGAUAGCAACGAAGAAAAUAAUUCGUUAGAGAAAAUAAAAGUGAAUGAAGAAAAAAUUAAUGAUGCUGAUAUGGAGAAAGAAGCUGAUGAGGAUGUCAUAAAGGUAGAAGAAGACUUAAUGAAUAAAAAGGUAAAUGGUGAAACGGAAAUUGAGAUGGAUAAGAAUGUAAAAGAUAAUAUGGAAAAAGAUGAUAUUCAACAAGAUAAUAUGGAAAAAGAUAAUAUGGAAAAAGAUAAUAUGGAAAAAGAUAAUAUGGAAAAAGAUAAUAUGGAAAAAGAUAAUAUAGAAAAAGAUAAUAUAGAAAAAGAUAAUAUGGAAAAAGAUAAUAUGGAAAAAGAUAAUAUAGAAAAAGAUAAUAUGGAAAAAGAUAAUAUGGAAAAAAAUAAUAUUCAACAAGAUAAUAUUCAACAGGAUAACAGUGAAACCUCUCUAAAUAAAAAUGAAGAACCAAACGUUGUAGCCGAAUCAGCAACGAUAGAAAACGAACAGGUAGAUAAAAUUAUUCCAAGAAGUUUCUCUAAAUCAUUAAGCAUUCCUAUGAAAAUCCCUACAAUUAAAGAAAACAUGAAUAAAGCAAAACCAACAUUUUGGAAUAAACCAAAAGGGAAAAUGUUCUUUUUAACCAAAAAGGAAAAAAGUAUUUCGCAAGCAAAGGAAAUUUUAAGAUCUCUUGAAAAAUCAAACAAUUGA